CGGACAUAAUACGAUUAUCCUAAUCAAGUUUUCGGUUCGUAUAUAAAAUCGGCGAGUUAUUUACAAAUCAUUCAUAAGUGUUCGGACCGGGUGUUUGGCCAGUCACAAUCAUGUCGGCCAUAUAUUAUCUCGCGGCAGUACCAGUGUUACUAUACGCGGUGUAUUAUUAUUUUACAAGGACAUUCAACUAUUGGAAGAGUAGAAAUGUUCGUGGACCGGAACCGACAGCAUUUUUUGGAAACAUCAAGGAAUCGGCACUACGCAAAAAAAAUAUCGGCAUCGUAAUGCAGGAAUUAUAUAACGCAUUUCCAAAUGAAAAAGUGGUCGGGAUCUACAGGAUGACCUCACCUUGUCUUCUUAUCCGAGACCUGGAUAUAAUAAAACAUAUCAUGAUCAAAGACUUUGAAGCGUUUAGUGAUCGUGGGGUGGAAUUCAGUAAAGAAGGAUUGGGACAAAACUUAUUCCACGCUGAUGGAGAAACAUGGGCUGCUUUGAGAAAUAGAUUCACACCAAUUUUCACCACAGGAAAACUGAAGAACAUGUUCUACCUGAUAAAUGAAGGAGGCGAUUCAUUUGUAGAGUUUAUAAAGACAGAAUGUCAAAAGAAGCAGGAAUUUGAUAUUCAGCCUCUUCUCCAGACUUACACCUUGUCCACGAUCUCUGCCUGUGCAUUCGGUAUUAGCUACGACAGUAACGAUGAUAAAUUGGAAACACUAAAACUUGUCGACAAAAUAUUUUCGUCACCGAGUUUUGCAAAUGAAUUAGAUAUGAUGUAUCCGGGACUCCUGAAAGCACUCAACCUUUCAUUGUUCCCUACUGCUAUCCAGAAAUUCUUUGAAAAUCUAGUGAAAACUGUUAUGACGCAAAGAAAUGGUAAACCAUCUGGUCGGCAUGAUUUCAUGGAUCUCAUUUUGGCACUCCGUCAAAUGGGAGAGGUUUCGAACGCUAAAUACGACUCUGCGAAGCCUGUUGAGAUAACACCUGAAGUGAUGGCAGCGCAAGCUUUUGCGUUCUAUGCAGCUGGCUAUGAAACCAGCGCUACUACCAUGACUUACUUGCUUUACCAACUGGCAAUGAACCCAGACGUCCAAGAUAAAUUAACGGCAGAAGUUGACGAGGUUCUUCGGGCAAAUGAUGGACAAGUAACAUACGAAUCCAUUAAGGAAAUGAAGUACAUGAACAAAGUGUUCGAUGAGACUCUACGAAUGUACUCAAUUUUAGAACCUCUGCAGAGGAAAGCUGUAAGAGAAUACAAAGUGCCCGGGACUGAUUUGACUUUAGAAAAGGACACGAUAGUACUUGUGUCGCCGCGGGGUAUUCACUAUGAUGAGAAGUAUUACGACAACCCCGAACAAUUCAACCCUGACAGAUUUAAUGUGGAGGAGGUUGGCAAGCGUCAUCCGUGUGCUUACUUACCAUUUGGACUUGGACAACGAAACUGUAUCGGAAUGAGAUUCGGCAGACUUCAGUCUCAAUUGUGCAUAACCAAGUUGCUGUCCAAGUUUCGAGUGGAACCGUCUAAGAAUACUGCCAGGAAAUUAGAGGUUGAACCACGCCGCUUCAUUAUCGGACCAAAGGGAGGAAUAAAAUUGAAUAUCGUUCCUAGAAAACUGAAGUCUUAAUUAUUUUACAACUGUUAAUAUUGUCAUAGUUCUAUAUCGAGCACAUUCAUAAAUGUAUACGAGUUUUAAUGCAAAAUAAUAAGUUAUCUAUACUAAUAUUAUAAAGAGGUAAAUUUUGUAAGUUUGUAUGUAGGGGGUAAUCUUUGGAACCACUGGUCGGAUUACCAAAAUUCUUUCACUGAUAGAUACCUACAAUGUUCCCGUGUGCUAUAGGCUAUAAAACAUCACGCUACAAUCAAAUGGAGUCGAGCAGCAAGUGAAACCGGGAAUAUCUAGUGUGUUAUUAACCUAAUUAUUAUAUAAGACUUAAAACGGGUGAGCUGGUCAGAUAUUGUAGUCAUUUGUAAACAACUAGUACAAUUAUUGCACAUAAAUCAUCCAUUAUGUUAUAGAUAAGCUAUUCUUAAUUCUAAUAGUGUACAUAAGUUGGUUUUUGUUAAUAAAAUAAAUACAUUAAUUAUGUUGUAC